AUGUCUGUCAACAUUGUACUGCCAGGCCUGCAAGCAUGGGCAGAGCAGCACUUAUCAGCCAUUCUCAAGGCGACCACUGCCGAUGACUUUGAUACUGCCUUCGAAAGCUUCGUGGCAAAGCAUGCAACUAUUGCCGUCAAUGGCAAAUCGGUUUCGCGGGAGGAGUACAAGAAGCAGCUCCAGGGCGAAGGCUUCAAUGAAGCUGGCGCUGAAGUUUCCUUCAGCGGAGCGGUUGAGGUGGACACUGGGCUCAGUGCGGGUGUCGUGGGUCUGUUUUAUACCGCCACAAUCGUUCAGAACGACCUCGUUCAGUCCGCGCCGGCAGAGACGCGGGUUCAAUCGUCUAUAAACCUUGUUAUCGAGGAAGACAAGAGUCUUACGAAGCCGCAUUUCCCGCCUGGGUUCCAUGGCUUUUUCGGUGAGUAG